UCAGAAAGGUUUCUUUCUGCUUUUCAUUCUCCUGCUAGAGCCACCGGUGAACCUGACAGCACAGACGAAACCUUUAUUACGGUUUUGGAUUGAGUGGAAAGGAAAACUAAACAAUCGAGAAGGACUACAAGCGUUUUAUGUGCUCAUACAACAGGUGAACUAUGGCCACGUUCUUGCUCUUUUUGAGUACGUGCUUCUUGAUCUCCUCAGCUACGGUGCAUUUUGAUGAUUAUGUUUACACUGAGCCUGAAAGCACAAUGAAAGUCAGCAUACCCCUUGAUCUUCCUCUCCGACCUCUGAUGGGUGACACAGUAAUUCUGCCCUGCCACUUCCAGGACAACACAGUCAAUGACCCUGGUGCCCCUACCAUUGCCCCUUUGUCUCAUCGGAUCAAAUGGAGUCUGGUCACCAAAGACAAGACCACAACCAUUUUAGUUGCAUCUGAGCGCACUGUUAAUCUAAACAAACAGUAUGUGGAUAGAGUCACAUUAUUGGGAUACCCUGUAACGCCCACUGAUGCCAGCAUCAAGAUCACAGAGCUCCAUUCCAGUGACUCAGGAGUGUAUCGCUGUGAGGUUGUGAAUGGCAUUGAGGACGAUCACGAUAUUGUUCAUCUCCAAGUUCAAGGUAUUGUUUUUCACUAUCGUGCAAUCACCACACGAUACACUCUGACCUUUGAGAAGGCCAAGGCAGCCUGUAUUCAAAACAGCGCCGUGAUCGCCACUCCAGAGCAACUACAGGCAGCUUAUGAUGAGGGCUUCCAUCAGUGCGAUGCGGGCUGGCUUGCAGAUCAGACCGUUAGGUACCCUAUUCACAAUCCCCGAGAGCCUUGCUACGGAGACAAGCAUGAAUUUCCAGGAGUGAGGACAUAUGGAGUGAGAGAUGUGAAUGAGACAUAUGACGUGUACUGCUUUGCUCAGAAAAUGACAGGAAGAGUUUUUUACGCUAGUUCCUCAAUCAAGUUCACGUUUGAAGAGGCUGAAGCUGAAUGUAUAAAGUUGGAUGCCAGGUUAGCUACCACAGGACAGCUUUACCUGGCCUGGAAGAGCGGUAUGGAUGUUUGUAACGCGGGCUGGUUGGCUGACAGGAGUGUCCGCUACCCCAUCAACAUCGCUCGACCGCAGUGUGGGGGUGGCCUGCUGGGAGUGCGCACCGUUUAUCGGUUUCCAAAUCAGACUGGCUACCCCUUACCAGACUCCCGCUAUGAUGCUUUUUGCUACUCUGAAAAGUACAAGGAGAGUCCAGACUUUUCUGAGAUGUUUCCAGAAUCAGGCAGUGGAGUACUGACCGUGAGCACAAUCACAGAAAGCCCCCGAGUCUUUUUAAAGCCCACCUCUACUGGAAGUGAAGCGCUGGGGGACGUUGUAACGCAUAAGCCCUCAGUGACCACCAGUGUUGUUCCACCAUACCCUAAUAUAGAUGAAACGUUGCCCCUUUUGCCGCCUCCUAGACCCUUCGAUCUUGACGUUUUCAACAAGACUGAAACAGAAGCUGGCAUGUCCGACACAGGGGUGCUGUUCCAUUACCGAUCAAGCUCCACUCGUUAUGCUUUUAACUUUUUGGAAGCUCAGCUCGCAUGUGAGAGCAUCGGUGCAGUCAUUGCCACCCCCCAACAGCUUCAGUCUGCCUAUGAGGCCGGUUUCCAUCAAUGUGAUGCUGGCUGGCUCAUGGAUCAGACUGUCAGAUAUCCCAUUGUGUCCCCACGUGAGAGAUGUUCUGGUGACUUGGAGCAUUUUCCUGGUGUUAGAUCUUACGGAGUGCGUCCUGCUGAUGAACGUUAUGAUGUGUACUGCUAUGUGGACAAACAAAGAGGGAAAAUUUUUCAUGCAAGUUCAUUUGAUGGAUUCACUUACGAUGAAGCUGUGACCUACUGCCAGGGUCAGAACGCGUCCCUGGCCUCCACAGGAGACCUGUAUGCAGCCUGGAAGCAAGGCUUUGAUUUGUGCCGUAAAGGCUGGCUUCUGGACCGCAGCGUACGUUACGCCAUCAAUAAACCCCAGCCGAAUUGUGGUGGAGGAAAGGUCGGAGUUUUUACAGUUUACAUGUUUCCCAACCAAACAGGCUUUCCUGACCUGAGCACCAAAUUGGAUGCCUAUUGCCUUAAGGUGGAACAGAAUUUGCCAAACACAACAUUGACGGAUGAAGAAAUAGUUAGUGUGGAGUCUUUCCCUAAUCUUCUCAAUCCUGUAGGUACCUUUAACACCAUCUCUGAGGGACAUUCUGGAUCUGAUAUUGAUAUGUCAGCGAGUGGAAGUGGGGAUCAGCCGAGUGGAAGUGGGGAUCAGCCGAGUGGAAGUGGGGAUCAGCCGAGUGGAAGUGGAGAUCAGCCGAGUGGAAGUGGGGAUCAGCCGAGUGGAAGUGGGGAACAGCCGAGUGGAAGUGGGGAACAGCCGAGUGGAAGUGGGGAACAGCCGAGUGGAAGUGGGGAACAGCCGAGUGGAAGUGGGGAACAGCCGAGUGGAAGUGGGGAACAGUCGAGUGGAAGUGGAGAACAGUCAAUAGGAAGUGGGGAUAAGCUGAGUGGAAGUGGGGAACAGUCGAGUGGAAGUUGGGAUCAGCUGAGUGGAAGUGGGGAUCAGCCGAGUGGAAGUGGAUCACCUGGUUCAAUUGGGGACCUGCCAGGAUCUGGAUUCAGUGGGGAUGUUUCUGGGUCAGGUCUCAGCGAUGAUGGCUCAACUAUCCCUGUGACCUUCUCAGGAAGUGGUAGAUUGUUGUCCGGAGAUGGAUCAGCUUCAGGGAGACCCCAGGAGGCUGGGAAAGGAGAUCUCCUCACCCUCACAGGUCUGAGCUCAGGCCUUUUUGAUGUGAACUUCUCUGGAUCUGGCAGUGGGUCAGGGUACAGCGCUGAAGAAAGUGGAUCUACCUCAGACUUUUCCGGCAGCUCAGGUGAGAUCAGUCAAAGUGGAGACAUAUCCAGCAUCUCCUCAGGAUUAGGUUUCAUUGAGGAGCCCUCAGGAUUCAUUGAUUUGUCAUCUGGAACUUUUAUCUCUGGAGGAUCCAGUGGCAAUUCAUUAACUGAUCAAAUUGAUGUCAUCCUGCUGGAUAGUCAGUGGGGCAAAAUGUCUACUACUCCAUCUUUAGCAGAACAGGAGUUUAGUGGAAGCCAAGUAGAUUUCAGUGGAUCGGGACAUAUCUCAGGGUCUGGGAUGAGUGGGGAUUUCUCUGGAAUGAGUGGGUCUGGGAGUGGCUCAGCAUUUCCUGAUCUGACAUAUCUUGGCUCGGAAUUUACUGAUCUCACAGAGAAAUCAUAUAACCAGGAAGCUUCUGGGGUUUUGUUAUUUGGAUCUGGUGAUGGGAGUGGAUUUACCUCCGGAAGUUAUGCUAUCGAAUCCGGAGAAAGAUCUGAGGAAUCAGGCAGUAGUGAUAUCACCAUGUUCAUCAGUGGUGUGAUGACAGAACUCUCCAACAAGCCUUUUGAAAGCAUGGAGAUGGGAAGUGGGGAAGUGGAGUAUAGCGCGACUGACAGACUGUCAUCAGGGAGAGAAGAUGACCUAACUAUCUUUGCUAGUGGACGAGAUGAACUGAUCCCAGUCACUGUCGGGACAUUAAAUAUCUCAGUAAGCACAAGUGAGGCUCCUCCUGCUGAACUAUCUGCUGAAGAGCCAUUAGUCCUGUACAGUGAUACCGCAGGACUUUCUAUACCAUAUCCCGAACCAGCAGGGAUCAUCGGUAAACCUGACCAUGUUACUUCUGUAACUUUUCCUUCAACCACAGAGCCUGGCAUCUCCAUACAGACCCCUUCCGUCACUGAAGAACCUACUGUGAAUGCAGCUUUUGUUAACCCAUGUGAUCCAAACCCAUGUGGAGCUGGGUCAUGUUCAGUGCAUGAUGGGGUGGGCAUCUGUCAUUGCCCACCGGGACUACAUGGAGACGAGUGCCAGUUUGAGGUUGAUGUUUGUCAUUCAAACCCUUGUGCCAAUGGAGCUACCUGUGUGGAGGUGAAGGACACUUUCAAAUGUUUAUGUCUGCCCAGCUACGAAGGAGACCGCUGUGAGAUUGAUGUUCACAGCUGCGAAGAAGGCUGGGUUAAGUUUCAGGGCAACUGUUACUUGCACUUUUUGGAGAGAAAGACCUGGCUGGACGCCGAGAAGCAUUGUCGGAAUCUUAACGCCCACCUUGUAAGCAUAAUCACUCCAGAGGAACAAGCCUUCAUUAACUCAUAUGCACAAGACUAUCAGUGGAUUGGAUUGAAUGAUAGAACUAUAAAUCAUGACUUCCACUGGUCAGAUGGGACCCCGCUGCAAUAUGAGAACUGGAGGCCUAACCAGCCUGACAAUUAUUUCAACUCUGCCGAGGACUGUGUUGUGAUGACCUGGCAUGAAAAUGGCCAAUGGAAUGAUGUGCCAUGCAACUACCACCUACCAUUUACAUGCAAAACAGGUCCAGUAACAUGCGAUCAACCUCCUAAAGUGGAGAAUGCCAGGAUGUUUGGAAAUAAGAAAGAUCGUUAUCAAGUAAAUUCCAUUAUUAGGUACCAAUGCGGUGAAAACUUUACACAGCGCCACCUGCCUGUGAUCCGCUGUAUGGCAGAUGGACAGUGGGAGAAGCCUCAAGUGAAAUGCAUAGCCAAAGUCAACACAAGACUGCAAAGGAAAUCUACUGUUCAUCACCCGCAUAAAGCUUAUACUACAACAUUGGAGAAACAACUCUAAGGGGAUUUGAAGAGUUAGAGAUUCAAGUGUUAUAUUUAUUUUCCAAGACCCUGAAUUAUCAAGCAUACAUUUAUGAUUAAAAGUGUUAUUUUCAAUAUAAGUGCCCCUUUUGUAUAUAUUGCUGUCCCCUACACAGUAGAUCACCAUAUAUCAGUUACUUGAUAAACUUAAUAAAGUGAUCCACUUUAUUGAUGCAGUAAAAUAUCAGAGACCAAAGCAUUAAAGACCAACAGCAUCCCAAUAGAUCUCUGUGAAUAUAUUUGCUGAAGGUUUAUCAUUUGAAUAAAGUUUAAUGGCGAAAAGAUGUUGAGCCAAGAGCUUGGUUAGCCCAGUCUAUCCUCUAUUGUUAAGGACAGAAGUCCUUUUUUUGUCUUUAUGUGCUAGUGAACAAAUAUUUGAAUACAUGUAUGAAUUAUAGAUGUGGUGGUGAAAUGUAAAAUGUUUUCAUCUAUAGAUUUUUAAGAGAACAAGUUUAUAGCCAUAAAUGACGUUUACAAAAAACUUAUUUAUUUCCAACCAGGCAGAUUAUGAACACUUGCACAACGAUGUCAUUUAUUUGUUGUCUGAGUUGGAUAGCAUAAUGUGAAUCUAUUUAUUGAACAUGAAUCACAAUACAUCCAUCUUUAACUGGAGAUGUCCAUCUCUCUUUGGUCUCGAAAGCCAUAUUAACAUCAGAUCUAGGUCUAGGUGGCCAAGUCCAGUCAAAUUUUGAAUGUAUAUCCAACCAUGAAAAUGUACUUGUUUGUUAAAUGUUAUCUGUGUUGCCCAAGACUGUGCAGUGCAUAGUAUUAUAUGGGAACCAAAAUGAUAAGCUAAUAGCUAUAGUUCAAUAACAAGUGCCUUGUGAAUAUUUAGCAUUUACUAACCUGUUUCUGUUGGGACUGCUUACUGUGCUUUUUUCUUCCCAAAAAUGUAUAAGAGGCUGUGCCUCUUUCAUCCCAAUGGCAGGGACCUCUCCUUAUGCACAGCAGCUUUAAUUUUGUGACACAGCUGAAAUGACGAAUGCAGCAUAAACUGCAGACACACGUUUUUCGUAUAUUGCAUCCAGCUCUUCAAACAAAUACAAAUACUGUCUGUGUGGCAUAAAAGAACAAUCUCAUCUUGCAUUUAGAACAUGAUCUCCUACAUGUUCCUAAGGCCGUAUUUCAGGGAAAGGACAGAGUCAACAUGAGGAAAUCUUGUCUUUGUGCUGCCUUAAGUUUUGCCAGUAAUGUCUUUAGCUGAAUUUAAUGUCUCAAUAAUUGUAUUCAGCAA